AUGAAAGACAAAAACCCAAAAAGCACAGCAAAAAAUAAAAAAAACAGUCUACAAACAAUAUUUACUAAUUUAACAAAUUUCACCGACAAACUAAUUCCCAAAAAAGCAGUCAACCUUUCCCCCGUAGCCGAAGAAAUAACAAAAACUUACCAAAUCAUUGAUAUUCUUCUCAAUUUUUACCAGCAACAAAAUCCGCAAUUUAAGGCUCAAGUCAAUAGUAAAGAAAUUGCUAGUUAUAAAAAAGAUAUUUCAGCGGCUCAAAAUAAAGAACAAAUUAAUUCUACUCUGCAAUUACUCCUAGCAAAAAUUCGUAACGAUAAUGAAGCAGAAACUUUAACAAUUGAUAAUAGUUCCGCCGAGUUUAUUAGUGCCGAAAUUAUUUAUAACCUGAAAAAAGAAGGUCGGGCAUUAAAUUACCAGGAAGAAAACUACUUACAAGAAAUAGAAAGCAAAGUCCGGCGAGAAUUAACUAAUAAAAAGAAAAAAAUUCACAGCGACACCCACGAAUUACCAGUAAUCGAGCAGGCUAUUAAAGAUUUAGAAUUAAUAUUGAGGGAAAUCAGAGCAAGCAACCGAACUAUCGCUUAUAAUUCCUCUGAAAAUGACAGAGUAAGCGACAUUGAAAUAGAAAAAAAUCGAUUGAAAACAAAUUUAGACCACAAAAAAGCCAAGCUUCGCCGAGCAAUAGACGAAAUUAACCAAGAAAUCGACACCAAUUUAACACUCAUUAAGAAUAAGGAAAGCAACCCGAUUGAUAAUGUCAGCAAAAGAAUUGUCGCUGCGAUAUCCGAUUUAUGCCAGGGACUUAAUAACGAGCAAGAAAUCAGCAUGCUUCCUAUUCGUCAAAGAGAAAUUGAAGUUAUUAUCUACCAAACAUUUAAAGAUAUAAUCGCGGAAAAGUUUCCUUUAUUGUUGGAAAAAGAAAAAAAAUCAAAAACAACACUGGAAGCCACUAAUUCCCUGCCGGAAUUAAUUAACUUGUAUAAUAGUAGUGCCUGGGAAGAGAAGGAAGAAGAAUUAAGGAUUCAGCAAAUAAUCCAAAGUCGGCAAGAAGAAAUAACCGAAUUGGCAAAGCAAACCAAUCCCAGUUUAGCCAGAUUAAGACAAAUAUUCGCAGAAAUUAGCCCAUAUCACACCACUUACCCGAAUAUUUACCAAAAAUUAGAAUUAGAAGCCGAAUUAGAAAAAGUGAAAAAUUUAAUCCAACAAGCAACUUUAACCGAGAUAGAGCAAGCGGCUAAUCAAACUCUUUCUUUAACCAUUAACCGCACUCCGAUUAACUUAAAAAUUACCAGCCAGGAAUUAACGAUAUAUUACCCGAAUUACCGCGACCUUAUCAAUAAUUCCAGUUGGGAGGAAUUGGAAGAAAAUGAGGAAAGUUUAAAAAAAAUAAUCACCGAACUACAAAACGAAAAAAUCGGAAAUAUUCAAAAAAUACUUGAAAAAUAUUCAAAUAGAGACCUAGAACUUAAUGACAUAUACUUAACUUAUAACCUGAAACAAGAACUCGAAAGUUUUCAAAAUUUAAGCGAAAUACUUCGUGCUAUUGAAAAUAUUCGUAGUGUUAAUUAUGACUUAAAUAAAUUAGGCGUCAAAUUUUCGAGUGAAAUCGACGGUUUUGAGUAUCGACUGACUUUUGACAAGGUCAACCAUAGGACGAUAACAAAAAUUAUUGAGGAAUUAAACCGCAAAAAAGAGUUAUUAAAAAGAAAAGAAAAAUUGGGUCAAUUAAACGAAGUCGAAGAAACAAUUUUAGCACAAAGUAAUUUCACUAAUUUAAAACAAUUUCCCGCUGCCCGCCAAAACUGGGAAAAAUUAGGAGAAUUACGAAUUAAAUUAGGUACCUUUAAAGAACUUGAUGAGGACUUGAAAAAAAUUAAAAGUGAUUUGGCAACUGGAAAUUUAAUUAAAAUGAAAGAAGGUCAAAUUCCCGCCGCCUGCCAAGACCGGCGAAAGUUGAGUAAUUUAGCAGGAAUUUUUUCAAAAAAAUACAACCAACUCGACGACAAAGAAUACCCCCAGGAAAGAAGAGAACUUUUUGCUAGUUUUAAGGGGUUUGAAAGUGAAUACAAAAAAUUUCUAGAAAAAAGUGAGUUAACUGGUGCUAACAAAAUAUCAGGUUUAGAAGUAUGGUUAGUAAAUUUACAAGAAUUAACAAUUCCGGAUAACUUCCCAACCGAUAAGUAUGAUGAAUAUUUAGUCAACGCUUACCAAGUAGAAUUUAACUCCUUAGCCUACGAAAUUGUUGCCGAAAUAAAUAAAGAGAAGGAAAUUUUGGCAGCCGCCAAGGAGAAAGUGAAAGGGAAAAGCCCCGCCGUUGACCCGCGGGAAAAGGAAACUAAGAAAACCAAUAAUUCGCCAAGUUCUACUUCGACCCUCCCGUCAUUGGCACCAAUUAAUAACGACCCGCCCGAAACUUCGCCAAUUGCCGAUUUAAAUAAUAAUAAUAUUUCCAGUGGUAGCAACGAUAACAAAACACCAGAGGAAACUAGCAAAAUAUUAAACACUCCUAGUAAAACCCCUAUUUCUCGUUUUCUUAACCGAGAAAUUAAUUCAAGUAAAAAAACUAGUUCAGUAAUUUCCGCCACUACUAACGCCGACUCGGAGAUUUUUUCAACCAGCCAAUCGACCCUUUCUUCAGUCGGAAAUACCACAACAGCCGAAGAAGAAGACGACAAAGAAACAUUAAGUAGUAUAAGUAGCGAUGAAACCAUCGAAAUUAAGAAAAUUAAGGACUUAAAAGAAUUAUUUGACUUAGCAACCAAAAUUAGAGAACAAAAAACAACUCAAAAAUUAAGCCGGGAUAUUAUCCAAGAAGAAAAAGAAUUGAAAGGUUUAAUUGAUAGAUUUGUCCAAGAGCGAAAAACUGCCGAGCAGUCAGCCCGACGAGAAAAAUUAAUUGCCGAAAAGAAAAAAAAGCAAGAGGAAAAGAAAGCCGCCGCCGCUGCCAAGCGAAAAACUGUUAAGGAAAAAGCCCAAGCCAACCAAAAAGAGCGAGCCAAGUGGCAAAAUGACGCUAUUACCAAACAAAUUAAAACCCAAACUACUGAAACGGAAAUUAACCAACUGCGGGAUAAUUACCUUGAAAGCAUUCAACAAGCCAAAGUUGAAGAAAGACAAAAACAAGCCGCUCAAACUGAAGUCAAAGCAACCGAAGUCAAGCCCACGCCAGCACCCGAAGAAAAACAACCUACUUCUCCUACUGAUUACAGCCGCGGCGAAGAAUUUAAUUCUUCUGAUAACUCAUUACCCAAGGGGGGAAAUAAUUCCCAAAAUUAUAACAGUCGGAAUAAAGCCAAUUUAGCUUCGGAAGAAAAUAUUGUCCCGCCAAUUAUUCAAGCAGUAUUAGCCCAAGCCCAACAAGCCAUUGCCAGCCAAAAAAUAACUGAAUUACAAGCCGCCGAAAGCCAAAUAACCGAAUUAUUUGCGGAAAAAGACCCGAACAAGCAGCAAGUUUAUUAUCACUACCAAAAAGAUUUAGGAACCAGCCUGGAAAAAGUUAUCCAAACCAAAACUAUUCAAGAAAUCCAAAUUAACCAUUUAAUUAUUAAUAAUACUCCGCUGGAAAAAAUUCCCACUUAUAAAAAGGCCAUUCAAAGUGAUAUUUUACAGCAAACCAAACAAGUUGCGAUUGGUAGCAUUGUCAAAGAUUUAAGUAUUGCUCGGGUUAUUAAAUUAGAAAUUUAUCCCCAAAAAGAUAAAAAAAGCAAACAAAAUAUUCUGACCCAAAGCCAAACCGCCGUAAUUAAUAAUCUCCAUAGUUUACUGGGGCAAGAAUUAAAAAUUACCGAUUUAGAUAGUCCGUUCCAAAAAUUUCCUACUGAAACCUUAAAAAAAGAAUUGACCGAAUUAACUACUUAUCAACAAGAAGUAGCCGCCCAUAUUGCCGACAAAAAAAGAAGAGAUUUCCACACGGCUGACUUAAAUGAUUUUUCUUACCAAAUCGAGGAUAAAUGGCAACAGUUAACUCUCCCAAUUUCACCCAGCCCAAAGCAAAUUAAAUUACUGAUAAAUAAAUACCAUGCUAAUUUAAGAAAAUUGGAAAAAGUUGGUUAUCAACCGCAAUUAGUUCGAGAAAUUAAGGAAGAUUUACAGCAGAUUCAAAAACUUACCGAGCAACUAGAAAAAGGUCAAAAAACUAAAUUCGACCAAAAGAAGUGA